UCACAUUGAAGGCUUUCCAUAUAAACCCAACAAUUUCAUCAUCUGCAUGUGGCUUUUCAUUCCUGUAUAAGCACAACUCUAUUUCUUGAUCAUCAUCUUUUCUGAUCUUUCUCUUGCACAAUAUAUACAACAUUCAUGGAAGAUUCACCAGCAGCAGCUUAUAUCCACCAGGUGCACCGUCUGAUAGAAGAGUGUAUUCUAUUCAACAUGAAUCUAGAAGAAUGCAAGGAAGCUCUUUUCAAACAUGCAAAUAUCAAACCGAUUAUUACCUCUACAGUGUGGAAAGAGUUACAGAAGGAAAACAAGGAGUUCUUUGAUGCCUAUUCGAGGAGCCAAAACGAAGGAGGUUCAAAGACACAGAAGAGGCAAAAACUACUCGACAUGGUUUCAGCAUCAAAAGAUUUUCAAAACGACAAGUUUAGGGUUCAAACGGAACAACGUUAGUUGUCGAAUGAAAUAAAGUGGCCACUCGUGGAUCUUUGAGUAAAAACUCCAGUAAUUGAAUAUAUAUAUAUAUAUAUAUAUA